CAAAGAGUUUCUGCUGGAGACGGUCUGCCAAACGAUAUAGCCAUCUAUUGGUAAGGUAUUUAGUUUUAUAACAUUGGGCUUCAGCGAUUGCCAUCUGUUGGUACGGAUUGACUGAAGCACUUUGUAAAUAUGUCGGGAUUAGAAUAAGAUGUGGAGAUUGUGUAACACGUCGGGCCUAGAAUAAAAACUGCCAUAUAUAUUGUUGCAUGAUUGACUGUUUCAUUUUACGAACACAACAUGGAAUUGCUGAAAGUGAAAAACUCUUUCAGAGUAAAAAGUAUUGAAAGGUGUGGGUAAUGUGCAGUCAUGUUGAAAAACCAAAUUUUUCUAGUAGUUUUUCUGAACCGAAUAAUUUUGUUGAUGCAAAUACUGUCCCGUGAGUGCUAUGCUUGUACAUAUAUGCAGGGUCAAUAAUGGUAUGCAAAAUCCCUACCCCAGUAUGCCAUUGGUUUUUAGCAAUGAAGAUGUCACUUCUAGAACAGGUUUUUUCUUUGGUAAGAUCCAUGCAGAUCGGCAUUCCUGUUUUUGCGACGCUAAGAUGCGUACGAUUCUCCAAAUUUAUUCUCAGCAUACUGAUUACCUUCACGUUUAAACCAGAACACCAAAAUUACUUAACUAAAGGACCAUCUUCAUCUACUAACUACACGACGAUGGAGAAACCUAAAGUAACCAAAGCAAAAGUUGUGCGUUGGUCUAGGAAGAGAACCACGACUCCGCAAAGAAACAAACCAGGAGCAGAAGUCGCACCCAAGUGGAAGUGGAUGUUGGCGGAAUUUUCCAUGGAAAAUCUGAGACAGAAAUGAGAACUAACAGGCAACCCCUGAUGGCCCGUAAACAGUUUGCAGCAUCCUCGCUGAAGCAUGAUAGACUUGAUAGAUUACGUCGACAAGUUAGAUUAAAGCAAACAGAAUUGCUUGAGACUGGAGAGCAGACGAAAAAGGACGUAAAGCUCUGCAAUAAUCUAAAAAUGUUGCUGACAAAUACCAAGAAACAAUUUACAAGAACGAAAAGAACAGUAAAAAGACGGGUACUUAGAUUGAACAAAGUUAACCAACCAGAAACUGAUUGUAGCACGUUGUUUGCUGUCUUCCAUGACGUCAUUGUAGAAACACCAACAACCAACGAAGCUGAUAGACUUCAGACCGAAGUCAUUAGUUUGGUUGAAACGCCCGAAUCCUUGAAAGCCGAAUCCCUACAAUCAGGAAGUAAAACCAUCCAAGAUGAAGAACUAUUCGAACAAGAAGAAGCGAAGCAAAAUCUGGAUCAUCCGUUGUCCCAUUAUUACAUCAAAGGUAGCCAUAAUACGUACCUUCUGGGAAAUCAAUUGACUAGCGCCAGCACGAUAGACGGAUACCGUCGAGCUAUAGCAAAUAAAUGUAAAUGCCUCGAAUUGGAUUUACACGACGGCCCCAAUGGCGAACCUGUCAUCUUCCAUGGAUGGACUUUAACUUCCCGGAUUGUUGCCCGCGAGGUCUUAGAGGAUGGCAUAAAACCAAAUUUCAAUCAAGACGACCUUCCCUUGAUCCUGGUCACUUUAUCUAUGUGGGCAAUACUGAAGAAAUGGCCUGUCUUCCAUCGCCGAACCAACUAAGAGGCAAAAUAAUUAUCCAUGCACCAAGAGCGAAAUGGGGCGAUCUGGCCAACAUUUGCCAGGCCGUCCCUUUCCC